AGGGUGGUCGGAGCAGAUGGUGCGCUGUGCUGCGGUGCGGUGGGCGCAAAUGGAGAUGGUGGACGCAUGACAGCAGGAGCAGGCGAGAUUAUGCUGUAUUACAAGCCCACGGAAGGUUGCAGAGCUCCACGCGUUUUAGACUUACACAGCGACCGCUGAGCGCUUUGUAGCAGCGGUGCGAUGCUGGCGGGAGAGCGGCGACCACGAGUUCCCGGUCCCUGAAGCGGCAGAUGAUCGUAAUGCGAUUGACAAGGUGACCCGCGUUAGCGCUCGGCAGCUGGCACCCCGCGGUCACCAGUGGCGUGGAUCAGCUGGGUGAGACGCGGCGCAAGUCGACCAUGGACGGUCGUUUAGUGCGGCUGUUCAGUGAGCGAUUCCCUAAGUGAAAAACAUACGGAAGGACGGGACGCCUCUGGAACCUCACAGACAGUCAGGGCGAUGCGCUGCGCUGCCUGUGUCAACUUUUGAAAUGAAAUGGUGGCUCACAUGCUCUGAAGAUAUAAUAUAUAGCCAAUAAUCUUAACGAUGUAUGAUUUUCCUAAAGAUAUUUCAAGAUGGGACUUAAAUGUUCUUUAUGUCAAGACAGCUAUGAAAAUUGAGACGUGUGAGGAUACUGUAUUAUCUGUGCAAAAUGCGCUGUGUCCUUUACGUAUCCUGCUUCGAGGUUUUCUUCCUUGCUUGGAGCCCAUGAUGAUAUUAUAUAUGAUCUAUAUUCCCGUGCGUUUCUUUUCACGAUCCAUGUGAGAGACAGCGACACACCUUCUCCAAGAAACACGUCGAGAACGACGGCGACGUGUCUCUCUUGAAAUAUCUGCUGUUACGUGAUUCCGGAGCGAAUAAUAAUGAGACGCGUCCAGCGCUGUGUUGGCGAUGCUGCUGAGGUGGAGUUUCUGUAGUUCGGUGUGUUCCUCGUGUCCACACACACACACACCGUUGGUCAUUAUGAGCUAUCUUACGGUUUUGCUGAAGCGCUCAUAUCGUUUAGUUCUGAAUCAAUAGUCCAUUUCUCGAGAGAAUGAACAUUUUUUUUUAUCCUCUUAAGAGCCACGAGGUCACGUGGGGGUUGGGGCCGCAGCGCAGCGAUCACACAACCUGUUGAACGGAUGAAUCACUGACCACAUGCUGACGCCCCGCACUUAAGUUAGUGACUGGGGCAAUUACAUUUCACUAAAAAUAACUAUUCAUAAUGUCAAAUGGUGAAACGGCUGGAGACAAAAAAAAGUGUAUCUUUUAAACUGAGAACAUAGAAAUACAGUACGACUGUCCAGGAAGACCAACUGUCUCGUCUCCUUCAAAAUGCGUGCUGCCCUGCUUUGAUAGCAUUGGGACCAGCAUGGACCCUCGCUGGUCCACUCUCUCUUGGGACAUCCCUUCGGACCCGUUGUCCCCCCCAACCCCCGACUCGUGCGCUGCCCAGCUGGACUGCGAUUCAAGGCCCAGUUCAGGUUUCUAUUCAGUCAGCGGCAGCUCGCUGUCCGACUCCUGCUGCUCUGUGUGCAGCGAAGGAGGCCAAGGAACAGCAGGUGUAUGCAUCGCGACGAGAGGCAGCUGUGGCCCCUGGGACUGUCAACCUCAUUCUAGAGAUCACAGCGCCACCCAGUGGCAGGAGGCCAGAAAAAUGUGUCACAACACACAUGGACUGAUGCAAAAGGGAGAGAGGAGACCUUUUUCCACAGGUGACCUUGAGAUCAGUGGCCUCUUGUUUCUCUCUAAUUUCUGCUCCGGUCAAGGAGAGGAGCCGUCAGACUCCCCUCCCAAUGGUUCCUUUCAGCAUUGGCUUCAGUUGGACCCCAAAUUCUGCUCUGACCUGGUCUCACGAAAGACUAAGGAGGUGUACCCCUACCCUAGUCCCCUGCACGCUGUGGCUCUGCAAAGUCCGCUUUUUACUUCGUGUCAGAACAGUUCCCCUCCCUUGCCGAACCCAGCACCCAGUCCAGAGACUCUACAGACCGAGAGUCCCAAACCAGAAGCUCCACCCCGGAGAUGGAUCCCAACCUCUCCCAGUCUUUCCCAGCUGGACCAGUACAUCUCCAAAUUGGUCCUUCGAUACCAUGCCAGGACAACUGCGGAGAUUGGUUCCAGGCCAGGUUCUCGUAAAUGGCAUUCGGGCCCCGGCCACGGAUCCAGCCAGUCGCUUGCCUCGUUCGACGGUCACGGUGGGGUGUCCCAGCGCAGGUCUCUUUUUGGAAAUUCUGGUAGUGUUAGUCUGAGCAGUACUGGGAAGGGUGGCGGCAGCUGUAGGAACUCAAUCAAUCUGGGUAACCUACCUUCCUUGAAUGGAGACAAUCUGAAUCUAAGUUUUCAUCUAAACUUGAAUUUGAACUUGAAUCCAAACUUGAAUGUGAAUACCAGUAUCAGUAUGGACCCAACGAAUGCCAAGGGCCCAAUGGGCUCCUGUGACUACUUAGACAAUGAAACCCCCACGCCCACACCUUCGCCAUCUUCCUCGUCUUCUGUAUCCACGUCCUCUGCCUGGAGGGGGAGAAAACGGAUUUCCACCUGCCCCCAGACAAUCAAUCACCGUGGCUCACUGGAGAUAAAGGGGUCAGGAUUUGGUCCACAGGGCUUCUCACGAUCACUGGACUGGAGUGGACUUUCACAGGAGGAGGCUGAAAAGAGCCCGUGUGCGUUUUACCAGAGCUCACCCAAAAUCAGCGAGGAUUCGGAAAAGGUCUGCGAGAUAGCCAGGGUGUCUGGGCUGCCCAGGUCCGUGGUGGCAGGGCUCCUGGAGGAAGGUGUGGAGCUAGACAUAGACUGCUUCAGAAAUGAUGAGAAUCAAGAUGAGGGUGCUGGAGUUUUUUCAGCCAGACCACACUCCCCAGUGUCAAACCUGGAGUCCCUCCCCCAGUCGAACCAGCCCUCUGAAAUACAAUUUCAGUCUGAUCAGUCGGACUCUCGCUGGAGUGAUCAGAUUCAGUACCAGGCUCCACCUGUCCCAGAAACGCAGUCACUCCCUAGUCAGUCCUCAACCUGUCCCUCAGAUGGUGAAUCCCCCCUGGAUGGCCAGCUCCAUGGUUUUGGCCCGCCUGCCCAGUCUCCAUCCCACUUUGACUGCCACCCAUCAGCACUUGCUCAUCCUGCAGGCCUCCCCACGGUUUGCCAAAGGACGCCCUCUCCGUGUGGCUCCCCCUCCGGUGUACAGCCUGCUGCUACCCGCUCCACACAUCCAGGUCACUCACCUCCCCUCCUGCAGCCAAACUCUCUUUACACUCCACCUCCCCUCUCCGUCUUCCGUCGCAGCUCCCCCUCCCAGUCCUCUCUCCCACGCCUCCGUGUGGCCGGCUCUCCGAUGGAGACUGAUGUGAGGCCGCGGGGUGGGUCUCUGAGGCACGAGGCUGGGACAGGUUGGGGCUCGGGAGGUAGGGCGUGGAGGAGGAUGGAGGGUGAGAGACUCUACCAGGGCAAACAUGUCUCAAGGGAGCUGGUGAGAGCAUCGACGGUGACCAGCUUUGCAGGGAGAGAAAGGAGCACCGAAUGGGGCGAAGGCAUUGAGGAGUCUGUGGGCGAUGUCCCCAAAAGAGGGGCAAGUUUUCGCAAGAGGCUGGAAGGACUGUUUGGAGGAAAAGAGAAAGAGAGAGGAGGAGGAGGAAGCGAGAAGGAGGGGGGGAAGUGGAAGGUGCAAACGGAGCGUCCCUCGGGCAAAAACAAAGAUGGUGGGGCAGCCAGGGAUGGCGAGAAAGAAAACCACUAUAAGCACAAGUAUUCCAGUGCAAGCAGGCGGCCGCCCGGGGGGCUCUUCCGAAGUGAGUCUCAAGGCUUUUUGGAGCCCCGAUCCCAAAAGCGAGAGCCCAGGGAUCGGCGCCAGCAGUGGGUAUCCUCCCUCGAGAUUGCUCGGGCUGGCCUGGGCCGCAGCUCUGUGGGGCUGAGCCUGGAGCGGGGCAAGGCCUUCGGCGUAGGGGCGGACGACGAGUGCCUGUCCUCCACCGCGAGCCUCUUCCACCUGUCCCGGUCGCAGAGUCCAGAGGGCAGCUGCGUCUCCCUGUCUCCCCUCUCGUCCCCAUCCCUCUCGCCCCCGCCGCCGCCCCCAGCACGUCUCACACGCUCCCGCUCAUUCCGAGACCUUGGAAGAAGGGUCUUCGGCUCAGUGAAGCCAUUCAGUUUUAAGACCCAGAGUCUGAGAAAGUAGCCCAGUGUGCCAAAACAGCACGAUCGUGUACAAAACCAUUUCCAAACAACAAGCAUGUCUUUGAUAAUUAAACGUGACCAUCUCUCUACCUAUUAAAGAGUACUAAACUAUACUAUACUGGCCUUGGUCUGAUUGUAGCCUUGUGAUAAUUUGAGGUGAUUCUUAGUUCAGUUUGGUAAAACACACGGCUGUGCCAGUGCUGAGCUGGAUUUCCUUUUGCCUUUGUGUGCUUCUGCAUGGGGUGGGGGCGCAUUCUCUGAAACUGCUGCGAGUUGAGUUUGCCUUUCAGUUGCUCUGUGUACUCUGGCCAAUAACUACAGACCUUCAUUCUACAAUAAAUAUGACGUAAAGCAAAAAAAAAGUUAUACGUAAAAAAAUUAUACUCAGUGUAGUUUCCAAGAAUUAUUUCAAACUGUGACUGAAAAUACUUUUAUGUGUGAUUCUGACUUGAAAUAGCUUAUUUAC